AUGCCUGGAAAAGUCAAGGCGUACGAGCUCCAGUCCAAGUCCAAGAAUGACUUGUCGAAACAACUCCUCGAGCUCAAGAAUGAGCUCCUGACACUACGGGUGCAAAAGAUUGCUGGUGGGUCGGCGUCGAAGCUGACGAAAAUUAACACCGUCCGCAAAUCCAUAGCACGGGUGAUGACCGUCAUGAACCAAAAGGGUCGUCAGAAUCUCCGCGAGUACUACAAAGACAAAAAGUACCUUCCUUUGGACUUGCGGGCCAAGAAGACUCGGGCAAUCAGGCGGCGGAUGACCAAGCACGAGACAUCGCUAAAGACCCUAAAGCAGAAGAAGAAGGAGCUUAACUUUCCCAUUCGAAAGUACGCUGUCAAGGCAUGA